AAGGAAUAAUUUAAUUUUGUGCUCGAAAUGAUAUAUUGUCAAUUUUUGAGGGAGGGAUUUAGAGCAUGCGAUUUAAUACAAUUACCCUCCGAACGCCAACAAGAAGAAGUGUUUCUUCGAGUUUGCAAAACCCUGAACCCUAACCCUAGUUCAUAACGCUCUGUUCCUGCGUCCUUCAGCAACCAACCAAAUUACCAUCAUCAGUUCUUACGAUGGCGGAGCUGAAGCUGUCGGAGAGCCGCGACCUAACGCGAAUUGAGCGCAUUGGGGCGCACUCCCACAUCCGCGGCCUCGGCCUUGAUUCCUCCCUUGAACCACGGGCCGUCUCGGAGGGAAUGGUUGGCCAAACCGCCGCUCGUAAGGCCGCUGGGGUCAUUCUUCAGAUGAUCAAAGAAGGAAAAAUUGCCGGUCGGGCUGUUCUCCUCGCUGGUCAGCCUGGUACUGGCAAGACUGCUAUUGCCAUGGGCAUGGCUAAGUCCCUUGGCCUUGAAACUCCUUUCGCGAUGAUUGCUGGCAGUGAGCUCUUUUCUCUGGAAAUGUCCAAAACUGAAGCAUUGAUGCAGGCCUUUCGUAAAUCAAUCGGCGUCCGAAUAAAGGAAGAAACCGAGAUAAUUGAAGGAGAGGUCGUUGAGGUUCAAAUAGACAGGCCAGCGGUUGCCGGGGCAGCGUCGAAGACUGGGAAGCUUACUUUGAAAACGACGGACAUGGAGACGGUAUAUGAUUUGGGGGCGAAGAUGAUUGAAGCUUUGGGAAAGGAAAAGGUGCAGAGUGGCGAUGUAAUUGCGAUUGAUAAGGCCUCAGGGAAAAUUACUAAGCUAGGGAGGUCUUUCUCUAGGUCCAGGGAUUAUGAUGCAAUGGGUCCCCAAACAAAGUUUGUGCAAUGCCCCGAUGGUGAGUUGCAAAAGCGGAAGGAGGUUGUACAUUGUGUCACACUCCAUGAGAUAGAUGUCAUCAAUAGCAGAACACAAGGUUUCUUAGCUCUAUUCACUGGGGAUACUGGAGAAAUUCGUGCUGAAGUAAGGGAACAAAUUGAUACCAAAGUGGCUGAGUGGAGGGAAGAAGGCAAGGCCGAGAUAGUUCCGGGUGUUCUCUUUAUUGAUGAGGUCCACAUGCUUGAUAUUGAGUGCUUCUCUUUCCUUAAUCGUGCUUUGGAGAAUGAGAUGGCUCCAAUACUAGUUGUUGCUACUAAUAGGGGGAUUACCACAAUCCGGGGAACAAACUACAAAUCCCCACAUGGUAUUCCUAUUGAUCUUCUUGAUCGAUUACUUAUAAUUUCUACUCAACCUUAUACGGAGGAUGAAAUACGAAAGAUUUUAGAUAUCAGAUCUCAAGAGGAAGAAGUGGAAAUGUCUGAAGAGGCGAAGAGACUUUUGACCACAAUUGGCGUAGAAACAUCACUUAGAUAUGCCAUCCAUUUAAUCACAGCAGCUGCAUUGGCAUGUCAAAAGCGAAAGGGGAAGAUUGUGGAGAUGGAAGACAUAAAUCGUGUAUACCACCUGUUCUUAGAUGUGAAGAGAUCAACUCAGUACUUGAUGGAGUACCAAAAUCAAUAUAUGUUCAGCGAAUUGGGAGAUGCAGAAGAAGAUGAUUCUAAUGCUAUGAUGAACCCUUGACUUCUUUUGUAGAAGAAUUUUGGAGGCUAAAUGAAGUUGUCCUGUAGUUACUAGGAGUUCGAAUUUCCUGCAGUCCAUAUAUUUACCUGGUUGAUUAUUUAAUGGCUAUCUUGAUUCUUCA